AUGGGAGAGGAAUGGAUCAGUCAUCUGGACAAGGAGGAUCCGAAUCCGAACAAUGGAGCAAGCAAGCCACAAAUACCAGCAGCGCUGCAGUCGCGGGACGGCAAUAUUGGUUUGGCGAUAUCGAGACCGACGCCGGUCCCUCAGUGGCCACUAGCCGGGCCUCUCUCGUCACCAGCAACCUCGGAGGGAUCGGAGCCAUAUCGGCCGCCUGCUGGCUCAUCACCGCCUCAGAGACCGCCGCGACCGAGCAGGGUACCCUCAAUCCUAGACGGCUCUCGUAUUCAGGACCCAACACCAAGUUUCCAGUACACGCCACAAAACCCGAGGGUAUCAGAACUUUCCGUACCCGAAACUCCGGCCACAUCAUCCUCGAGAGACUCUUCAGUUGGAUCUAUCCCAGACUUUCCUCUGCCUGUGACCACUCCAAGGGAACCGCCGAGGAGGAGCGUGAAUCUAGGGCCGCCGCCGUCCUCCCGACGAGGCAACUCGUCGUUUUAUUCAACAGCAUCGUAUGUGUCACCGAUUCCGGAGGAGAGCCCCCGGACGCGGUCAUACGCAUCAUAUGCUUCGAGCGCAGCAAUUCCUGCGAGCUUUGGAACUACCUCGCCAGGCCUGAGUCAUAACGACGAACACGAUUUUUACUACGAUGACACGAUAGCGGAAGAGUCUGUCUAUAGCGACGAUGCCGACGAAAGGGGCCUUGUUCGGAGUGCAAGCAUCGGGAAAAGGGGCAAACCUUCACUUGUGACGACAAAAAGCUCGGAAAAAGGGGAGGUAGUCCCCAUCGUGCUCCCGAUUCGACCUACGCCAAAACCAGUGCAAGGAGAGCAAGGAUCUCCAUUCUUGGAUGGAACGGGUUAUGUAGAUGGUUCAAGCUCGUCAUCGGGCGCUGCGUCAUCUCAGGCCCCAGCGGUUGGGGCUGCGUUGACCACAGACAACAUGCUUGGUGCUUUCGAAGCUGCUAGUGCAACAGACCCCUCGGCAGUAAGGAAGGCUACACCGUCGCCAAAGCCCUUCAGGUUAUCCGCCCUCCGACGACCACCGCGACUGGACAUCGAUGCUGUGAGACAGGCAGAGGCCCGAGGCAGCUUGACAAGUUUGCCCGAUCUUAUCAAACGUGCAACCCGCUUAGCGGCCAUGAUGGACAAGGGACGGAGACCGGCCAGCCGUUUCGAUGACCUUGAUUUUCCCGAGGAGAUGUAUGGCCGGGAUCCGGAGAAGGAGCUUUCUUACGGACAAGAAAAGCACCAAUCCGGCCUCUCCGAUAUGCUUGCUGCUUUCCCCCCUCCAGCCCAGGCGCGAAGCCGGCAGAGUAUGCGGCAGAGCGGCGCGUCCUGGCCGCUGCCCUUCGCCGCCAGGAGGUCGUACAUGGGUGGCCCCUCGCCUGGAGACCGCGCCAUGAACAACGAUAUGUCUCCUGGUCCGAACCAGGAAAAGAAAGGACGUCGGUGCUGUGGGCUACCAAUGUGGGGUUUCCUGCUCUUGAUGUUCGUUCUGUUGCUGGUCAUCGCAGCUGCUAUCGUUGUUCCCUUGGAGUUUUUCGUGAUACAGAGGCGGAAUAACACCGCAGGCAACGCGCAGUCCGAGGUGUCAGAUUGCCAGGCGCAGCUCAACUGUGCCAAUGGAGGUACAAACGUUGUCACCGACGGAGUGUGCUCAUGCAUCUGCUCGAAUGGAUUCACUGGAAAUGACUGCACUGUCUCCAGCAGCCAAGGAUGUACCACUGCGGCUUUGUCUUCUACCGAUACGACUCUGAGCAAUGUCACCCUCGGCACAGCGAUACCUCGCCUUGUUCAGGAAGGCCAGACAAAUUUCUCAUUGCCUCUGUCGGCCACGUCAAUCAUCUCAAAGUUCAACUCGGCGAACUUGUCGUGCGUCGCUGAGAAUGCGUUGGUGACUUUCAACGGCCAGUCGACACGUCUAUCGAGUGCGGCACUUACCGAAUCCGACGUAGACCCAGCCUUAGUCAGAGCUGGCAAUGCAGUACCUGUCACGAUUACUAUCUUGCCGGAUGUCAGCAUCACUCUGACACUUGAGAAUCCUGCUGCUACGGGUGAUCUGUCAGUCAUCAUCAGCACCCUCACGGAGCCGCUGCCGACCACUGGCUCGUUCUCAACAAUACUGGAAACCACGAUUACCAGGUCAGAUACCGCACAGCCAACCACAACGACUGACGCCAGCGCAACUACCACCACAACGCCGACGACCACGUCGAGCACAGCUGCGCCGACUUCGACAUUUGCGGUUUCUGACCAGGUCCUCGACUUCUCACGUGUAACUGUGUUAUUCGUGCUGCAGUCGCAAACCUUGGAAAACGCAGUCACGGCGCAAUCGAAGCUCCAGAAUUUCUUUUCCAGCACCAGCUCGAGCGACGUUACCGUUGAGCAAGCCAGGAACGUCUCCAUUGGGGCGGGAAAUACUGUCGAUCUCGUGAACUUCCUUGUCAGACUUUAG